GCAGAUCUACCCGGGUUCCGGCAUGCCGGGCCAGUGUCUGGUUGCUGUCUCCCGGUUGCCUGCGCACCAUGGAGUGCCUGCGCUGCCUGCCCCGGCUGCUGCCCCGCGCCGUGCAGUCCCGGCGGGCCCUGUGUGUCGCGCGCCUGAGCCCUGCUGCCUUCUGCGGUCACGCGACCCCGCUGCUCUCCGGGAAUCAGAAGGCGCCGAGCUCGCCCGGCGCUGCAGGUGAUGUGCACCGGUCUAGAACCUCCGAUGCCUCUCAAGCUACCUUAGCCAGCGUGGCCCAAGUGUUUGCUGUGACAAAGUUUGACAAAGAAGGAAAUGUUACUUCUUUUGAGAGGAAGAAAACUGAAUUAUACCAUGAGUUAGCACUCCAGGCCAGAGACUUGAGGUUUCAGCACGUGAUGAGCAUCACUACCAGGAACAACAGGAUUAUCAUGAGGAUGGAGUAUUUGAAGGCUGUGAUAACUCCAGAGUAUCUUCUGAUACUAGAUUAUCGGAAUCUAAACCUGGAGCAGUGGCUGUUCCGGGAACUGCCAUCACAGCUGGCUGGAGAAGGUCAGCUCGUCACAUACCCGCUGCCGUUUGAGUUCAGAGCUAUUGAAGCACUCCUGCAGUAUUGGAUCAACACCCUUCAGGGAAAACUUAGCAUCCUGCAGCCGCUGAUCCUCGAGACCCUGGAUGCAUUAGUGGACCCCAAGCAUUCUUCUGUCGACAGAAGCAAGCUGCAUGUCCUGCUCCAGAAUGGCAAAAGUCUCUCUGAGUUAGAAACCGACAUUAAAAUUUUCAAAGAGUCUAUUUUGGAGCUUUUGGAUGAGGAGGAGAUGCUGGAAGAACUCUGUCUAACCAAGUGGAGUGACCCACAGGUCUUUGAGAAGAGCAGUUCUGGGAUUGACCAUGCAGAGGAGAUGGAGCUGCUGCUAGAAAACUACUACCGGUUAGCUGAGGACCUUUCCAAUGAGGCUCGGGAGCUGCGGGUGCUGAUUGACGACUCCCAGAGCAUCAUCUUCAUCAAUCUAGACAGCCAUCGCAAUGUGAUGAUGAGGCUAAAUCUCCAGCUAACCAUGGGCACCUUCUCUCUGUCACUCUUCGGACUAAUGGGAGUUGCUUUUGGCAUGAAUUUGGAAUCUUCCCUUGAAGAGGACCAUCGUGUGUUUUGGCUGAUUACAGGAAUUAUGUUUAUGGGAAGUGGCCUCAUCUGGAGGAGGUUGCUUUCAUUCCUUGGAAGACAGCUGGAAGCUCCUUUGCCCCCUAUGAUGGCCUCCUUACCUAAAAAGACCCUUCUGGCAGAUAGAAGGAUGGAAGUGAAAAACAGCCUCAGGCCGGAAGGACUUGGAGCAAGCAGGACUGUCCUGGCAAGCCGCUAACAGCAGCCUGGCAGACAAAGAUUGUUAUACUUCUGAAGCUAUUAUCUCUCUCUGAGGGGGAAAAAAAGACAACUGCUGUUUAAAUUAUGUCUGACUAAAAUACUGUGGCAUUCACAAUACUAAAACAUGGCUGCAUCUUCGGAAUUCUAUGAGACAAAGUGCUUUCUUUGUAAAAAGCCAAAAUCCUAUGUCCUACCAACCUUGAAUACUGUUUUUAUGGACUUUUUAAAGAAUAGAUUAAUUUAUUGAUAGACUUAACAGGAUUCAGCGAUGUUAUACAUACCAAGAAAAGUGCAUCUUUGUGCUGAUGGAGCCCAGAAACUUGGCAGAGCCUAUAAUCCCUGAGCUCGUGGGCUGCAGUUCACCAGUCAGGGAAUUGUGUUCCCGUCAACUUCUGACUUGGAGAAUAAAGCUGGUGGAUCUGCUAGCCUUGCAAUGAACUCUGGAAUGUCAGUCCUUGAUAGAACUUUAUUUUCAGGUAUUUGCUCUCUUUUAUAUAUAAGAUAAAUAAAAAGGAAGUAUAAUUUAAUGUCCGCAUACAGGGAUUCUGCAUAAUCAAAACUGUUAUUUUUCUUUCAUUGGUUAUAAAUAGAACCUUUGGAAGUAAAGUUGAAAGUGUUUAUUCUCUUACAACUUUAUAACUUUUGAUCAUUGCCUGAUUUAAGAGACUGUCUUGCUACCUUCCUCCGAAGAAAAUGUAUACAGCCAGCUAAUCUGUUUGCCUACCUCUCAAAAGUUAGCAGAUCACCUGGUCAAACAAGAGGGUAGUUAAUGUAAAAAUGGUGGGAACAUUAUCUUCCCAAUCAAGAUGUUUGCCUUUAAAACAAAUGGUAAAGCAAGACGUUGUUGGUCUUUUGUAAUUCCAGUCCUUGAAAGGCUGCAGCUGGAGGAUUGUGAAGAGUUAGAGGCCAGUAGAGGUUAUAGUGUUCCAGGCCCGCCUGGACUGUAGACUACUGGGUUCCUGUGGGGGACAGUCUCCCAUCAGGAUGUGGCAGUCCUCUCCAAGGCUCUGCAACCAAAUUGUUGAUACCUGUGAGUCUGAAAGCUGCCAUCCUACCUACCGUUCUACCUACCUUUGUGUAUUUCGUAGAGGUUUCAUUAAGUUGUGUGCUAGAACACAGUUAAGUGUGCUUCCAAAAGUAGUGCACUUGUAAGAUUGUAGUAAGACCAGAGCAGCUCUUAGCCUACAGGGCAGGGGUAAUGAGUGAGGUCGUACACCCACCACGGAUGUUGUGUGCCCAAUUAUUGCAAGUGUUACAGCUCUGAAGGAAAGGUAUCCCGACUUGUCGGGAAGUCAGGCUAUCCCUGAAACUGGGUUCCUGUGGGGGACAGUCUCCCAUCAGGAUGUGGCAGUCCUCUCCAAGGCUCUGCUCCACUCCCCCUGGGAGUUUCCCAACAGAAGUAUCUGUUUCUUCUCAGCUCAGACCUAAGUUGCUACUUCUUCAGCUUCGUUCUGCGCUGCAGAUUGUAGCAAUCUGCUCCAGCUCUAGCUAAAAGUCAUUGCUUCAGCAGAGGUGUCAGUUGCUCCUUCUGCUCUAGUUUCCUCAGGGAGAUUCACCAAAUAAAAGGGACUGGGGGUGCUGCUCAUUGUUAAGAGUGCUCGCCCAGCUUGCACAAAGCUGUGGGGUCAACUCCUAGUACUGCACAGUAAGUAACCAAAUUGUUGAUACCUGUGAGUCUGAAAGCUGCCAUCCUACCUACCGUUCUACCUACCUUUGUGUAUUUCGUAGAGGUUUCAUUAAGUUGUGUGCUAGAACACAGUUAAGUGUGCUUCCAAAAGUAGUGCACUUGUAAGAUUGUAGUAAGACCAGAGCAGCUCUUAGCCUCCAGGGCAGUGGUAAUGAGUGAGGUCGUACACCCACCACGGAUGUUGUGUGCCCAAUUAUUGCAAGUGUUACAGCUCUGAAGGAAAGGUAUCCCGACUUGUCGGGAAGUCAGGCUAUCCCUGAAACUGGGUUCCUGUGGGGGACAGUCUCCCAUCAGGAUGUGGCAGCCCUCUCUAAGGCUCUGCUCCACUCCCCCUGGGAGUUUCCCAACAGAAGUAUCUGUUUCUUCUCAGCUCAGACCUAAGUUGCUACUUCUUCUUCUACCUCUGCUUCGUUCUGCGCUGCAGGAUGUAGCAAUCUGCUCCAGCUCUAGCUAAAAGUCAUUGCUUCAGCAGAGGUGUCAGUUGCUCCUUCUGCUCUAGUUUCCUCAGGGAGAUUCACCAAAUAAAAGGGACUGGGGGUGCUGCUCAUUGUUAAGAGUGCUCGCCCAGCUUGCACAAAGCUGUGGGGUCAACUCCUAGUACUGCACAGUAAGUAACCAAAUUGUUGAUACCUGUGAGUCUGAAAGCUGCCAUCCUACCUACCGUUCUACCUACCUUUGUGUAUUUCGUAGAGGUUUCAUUAAGUUGUGUGCUAGAACACAGUUAAGUGUGCUUCCAAAAGUAGUGCACGUGUAAGAUUGUAGUAAGACCAGAGCAGCUCUUAGCCUACAGGGCAGGGGUAAUGAGUGAGGUCGUACACCCACCACGGAUGUUGUGUGCCCAAUUAUUGCAAGUGUUACAGCUCUGAAGGAAAGGUAUCCCGACUUGUCGGGAAGUCAGGCUAUCCCUGAAACUGGGUUCCUGUGGGGGACAGUCUCCCAUCAGGAUGUGGCAGUCCUCUCCAAGGCUCUGCUCCACUCCCCCUGGGAGUUUCCCAACAGAAGUAUCUGUUUCUUCUCAGCUCAGACCUAAGUUGCUACUUCUUCUUCUACCUCUGCUUCGUUCUGCGCUGCAGGAUGUAGCAAUCUGCUCCAGCUCUAGCUAAAAGUCAUUGCUUCAGCAGAGGUGUCAGUUGCUCCUUCUGCUCUAGUUUCCUCAGGGAGAUUCACCAAAUAAAAGGGACUGGGGGUGCUGCUCAUUGUUAAGAGUGCUCGCCCAGCUUGCACAAAGCUGUGGGGUCAACUCCUAGUACUGCACAGUAAGUAACCAAAUUGUUGAUACCUGUGAGUCUGAAAGCUGCCAUCCUACCUACCGUUCUACCUACCUUUGUGUAUUUCGUAGAGGUUUCAUUAAGUUGUGUGCUAGAACACAGUUAAGUGUGCUUCCAAAAGUAGUGCACUUGUAAGAUUGUAGUAAGACCAGAGCAGCUCUUAGCCUACAGGGCAGGGGUAAUGAGUGAGGUCGUACACCCACCACGGAUGUUGUGUGCCCAAUUAUUGCAAGUGUUACAGCUCUGAAGGAAAGGUAUCCCGACUUGUCGGGAAGUCAGGCUAUCCCUGAAACUGGGUUCCUGUGGGGGACAGUCUCCCAUCAGGAUGUGGCAGUCCUCUCCAAGGCUCUGCUCCACUCCCCCUGGGAGUUUCCCAACAGAAGUAUCUGUUUCUUCUCAGCUCAGACCUAAGUUGCUACUUCUUCUUCUACCUCUGCUUCGUUCUGCGCUGCAGAAUGUUGCAAUCUGCUCCAGCUCUACCUAAAAGUCAUUGCUUCAGCAGAGGUGUCAGUUGCUCCUUCUGCUCUAGUUUCCUCAGGGAGAUUCCCAGUAGAGCCUCCGCUCUGCGUCAGUAGAAGAUCUUCACCCAAAACUCUUUGAAGAGAUUUAUUUGGAAAGGAGUCCGGGAGAGUGGCUGCCUCAGUCAGGGUGGAGAAGGACAGUUGCCAACCAAACAGGCAGAGGGCUUACAUAGGGCUUGAGUUAUUCCAGGGUGAAGAUUUCAGGGAGGGAAGGGAAUUGAUCAGAUUUUGGUCCCCUUGGGCUUGGACAAACUCAGUUUGGCUAGAUUUUGUGCUCAGGGAUUGGUUGGUUUAGUGUUGAGUUGGUCAGGGCAGAUUUGGCUCUGGUUUCUUUCCUGGCCCUGUAUAGUCUUUCACCUCUAGUUUCGGGGCCAGGGUGUGUUCUUUCAUUGGCUCUCGUUCCAGAGUCAAGGUGUGCUUCUUUGAUUCUGGUUUCAGGGCCAAAGUGUGUUUUGUUCACUUGCUCUGGGUUCAGGUCUAGGCUGUGUUUCUUUCACUGGCUCUGGUUUCAGGGCCAAGGUGGAUUUCUCUGGCAAUUUUUUCCUUUUUACCCUGCAGUGACCCUAAUGUGUCCCACAAGAAUGUCAGGUUCAUUUACUGGGUGAUUUAGCAAUGGGAAUAAGAAUGUUAUUCCAGUAGAAAAUAGAAAGUUACAAAUGAGCUCCCCUCCUAUGUGGGACUGUGAGUAGCUGGUCCAGAGCAGCUGAGCUAGCCUGGUGUCCCAAUCCUGAGACACUGGAAUGUGACCCUAUGGAAACUGUAGCAGCUGAAGCCUUUGAUAGUGUCCGAGAUCAUCUUUGAUGAUGCCUAGGUUCCACAGUACCCUUCUUCAGACCCAAUGAUCAGUCUUAACAUUGUCUCGGGUUUUUGCUCAACUGAGAUACAUGAAGAAUUGAAGUCAUUUGAUCCCAGGUCAGACACAAUCAAAUAGCAUUUUUUCUUUUAUUGUUAGUUUAUGACCUUAAGUAAAGUAAUUGUCUCAAUUAGUCAUGUACCUUCUACUGAUAACUAUUUCUCCAGUCAGAUAAAAAGACAGAACUGAGAGUUUGUAAAAAUUUUAAAAGUGGUUAUUAGGUCAUUGAGGGUUCUCAAAUGUAACUGCUACUUAAAGGAAAUGUUGUGAAAUAUCAAAUACUGAGUUUUAUGAUUGAACAAGCAGUCACACAUCCCACAUCUAGCAUGAGCCAAGGGGUUAUGAUCCUUUUUUCAGUCUGUCCUUACUAUGUUCAGAGCCUCUGAACCGAUGUGAGAAGAGCAGAGGUCAUUCUAUGAAAUGAUCCCUCUGCAUGCCCUUCUUGACAACAGACUGGAAUAGGCGGAGGCUCUUUGUGUGGCAGGCUCCAGGAGCUGCUCUAGACUUUAUUUCUGGGGCAUCGAUGAAGCCACAUUUGAACUUUAGUAUGAUAGCUUCGGUAAUGGCCACAGAGGAGAUUUCAUGGAGGGAUUGGAAUGAGUCCAGAGACUUGAGCUCCCCACCUCCAGUCAUCCUGACUUUAUAGUCUGGGACAAUAAGGCAUAAAGCAGUUCCUGUCUUGAAGCCUUAUAAAUGUACAGAGAAAGCUAGAAAACUAAUAUGUAAAUGUCUGUUGGUAUCUUGAGGUAAAGAUGACUAAGCUAAGCAGUUGCUUAGUGUUGUUCUUGAGUAUCUAAGCUUUGUGGGACUGGUUCUUAGAACCUCAGUUAACACUUGGUGGAAGGAAAUGUUAACCCACCUGUUGAGAAUAAUAGACUGUCAUGUGCUAAUUUUUUUCUCUGUAUCAGGUCAAUAUUCUCUAUAGGUUGACCCUCAAAAGUGGUGUAGCACUUUAUUUCUCACAGAGAAGUCAGUAUGUUACAAUUGUCAGUAUGACAAUGUUACAGUGUACAAUGUUACAGUUGUCAAAUGACAAUCCUGUCACUUGAAGAUGUUUCCAUCUCUAUAACCUUUCAGCUUCUUUUUUUUUUUUCUUUUUUUAAAUGUAGUAGUGCCUACUUGCUGUGUUCAGACACUGAGCCAAAGACAAAUCCUAUGGUCAGCUGUGGCCAUAUUUAGACAAGCUCUCAUCAGUUAUCAGAGCAGAGGCACUGGCACUUUAGUGCUAGAGCAUCAGCCCAGGGUUGGGAAAGCCCAUGCCUGAUGUGCACAAGGCCCUGGGUUUAGCCCUGCCACUCACAUUUGCUGAUUGGCAAAACAAUAACCCUUCUGCUGGUAGUGUUCUUCAGAUAGCUUGAACUACGAGUUACUACCCAAGCAAAACCAAAUGUUCCUGUUUGCUUCCUUCUGUGUCUUAGGGGGCUGUAUAGCGCACACUCAACAGCUAGUCUGGAGGGUAAGCAGUGCCUUCUAGGGUGAGUGUUUGUGAGUUUGUGAGUUGUCCCUCUUUCUCUCCUAUGAAUCAUCAUCUUUGGUCUAUUCCACAUUCCCUCUGCAGAGGUAUCUCUCUCUCUGAGUGGGACUUGUCACCCCUUUUCCUUUUCCUUUUGAUAUCACUUUCCAGGAUCAGAAGGAACAGUAGCUCUUUGCCUGACAGGGGACCAGCCAGUCACUGUUAAUAAGUUGAGAAUGGAGCACAGGAUCUACCCUAAAGAACAGGCCAAGAACAAGUGAAGCCAUAGCCCACUCGUCCCUUAUGGUCAGCCUGGGUUCAUCCCUUACAGUCACAUCCCUCUCCCUCCUGCUCUGCUGGUGGAGCUGGCAGCCCAGCACAACAAAGCCCACCACCCUGUGAGACUUAAAACCACAAUGGUGAGGCUGAUCACUUGUCGCAACAGCCAGCCCCACAGACGUGUGAGGCACGAGAUAGCUCAUCCAACUUGGUUCCUGAGGUUGUCCUUCUAAGCCCUCUUUGAGGAAGGAGCAGUGUGCGGCACCUUCCCCGUGCUGUUCUCUCCUCUCACCAUGUUUUCACUGUAUACUGCACCGUCAGUAUGACAAAAGGCCCAAGACGAGCAGCUUCAAAAGAAGAAACAUUUAUUUUGGCUCCCAGUUUCAGCCAUGUCAGUUGUAGGGCCUUGACCCUGUUGCUUUGGAGCUGGGGAAGAAGCCAGCACGGCAGAGGAAAGCUGUUCAUUUUAUGGCAGCUGGGAAGCAAAGCGGCAAGGAAAGACUUGGGGUCCUGGUGCACCCUAAUGACGUAACUUCCUCCAACAAGAUCCCACCCCAGAAUUUCUGCCCUCCUUCAGCUGGAGACCAAGACUUCAGCAUGGGAAUUUGGGAGCACAUUUAAGAUCCAAAUAGGACCAGCCGCUGCUUAAGGAUUUUUUUUUUAAGGAGCAAUGAUAGAUAGAAUGUGUUACAAGGUAACUGUGCCCUUUCUAGGCAAGACAGAGACAGGUAUUCAACCAGAAGAGGAGGGGUGAUGGUUUUAGUCCCAAGCUCAGAGAAGAUGCAGAGUGCCUGCCGUUCCCCGUCAUCUGGUACCCACACAUAACUGACCACAUUUCCAGGUCACCUGGCUGUCAGUGUGUCUGUCCCAGGAGCCCAACCUCUGCCAGGCUUCACCAUGGCUCCACUGGAGGAAUGCUUUGUCCACCCUGGAGAUGGACUUGGCCCAAGAGGGAGGGGCUGAACAGGAGAAUGGAGUGACCGUCUUCAGUCUGAGCUGAGGCUGUAGACAUGAAGUGCCCCAGAGAGCCGGGCGCCCCAAGAACUUCUUCCAGCAGCGACAACCACUUGGUUCUGUAGAGGACACAAUAUAGACAGCACUGAUGACAAAUUCCUCACACUGUGCUCUGGUGAUGCAUAGGAAAGCCAUGGUGGCCAGACCCCAUAGCUACAACUUAUGUCGUUCCCUUUGCUCAUAUACUACUUUCUUGAUCUGUAAGUUCUAAAAACCACAUUUGUGAAGCUGACCUCAGCCCCUGCCUCUUGGACAUUAAAAAAAAAUUUUUAAAUGGGAAACACAAGUGUGUGCUUAUUCCAGAACCUUGGUGUGGUGCGCUGCACAGCAUGCAUCUGGAGUGGAAAGGACUGACAGAUAGGGCCACCGUCAGACAGUAUCUCUGCCCAUCUUCCAGAAUUGUUUUCAAAUCUGCUGCCGGUUGUGAGACAUUUUUGUAAUGGCAAAAUCUUCACAGUUUACGGUUAAAUUUGAUUUGGAGGAGUUAUUUUAAAUCACUACUGGUAAGUGAAGUGUGGCUGGUCAUGCUGACUGCUAGCAUUUUAAACAGAGCAGGCUUUGCCGUUUAUCUUGUUGAACUGCCCGUGAGGCUCACCACAUGACAUGGACGGUGGCAGUGGUUCUUAGGUGUGUUGCCAGGCUGCCAGUGCCACAAGGGUCAUGUGAUCUGGGAAGGAAACCUGUCUUGAGAGUUCUGAUUCAGGUCUCAGGGAAAGGCCACCCUGCUGUUUUAUGCUCACUGAGCCUUAAUGCCCUGUCUAUGUGAGCGGGGAAGUGAGGGGUGUUUAUACCGACACGAGGGAACUGUGAUUAGGAAGACUCACUGUAGAGUUGCACAGACCAGAAUUAGCUGUGAAGUACCUCCAACUGGCCUUUAUCACCACUGCCCAUGCUCAGUGUUCUUGAUAACAUCUCUUUUUUAAAAAAAAAAAAGAUGUAUAAAAUUGUAAAUAAAAGCCCAGUGUAUCCUUUGGAGAAUCUUUUCUUGAUGAAAUUGCUGAUUCUGGUAGAUAGACCUAUUGUGUCAAGCUUGUCUGUGUCAGAACUAUUGGCCACCAGAGGGCAGUUUCAUCACGAGUCUCACAGCAGGCUGUGUCCCCAGCACCUCCAGAGCUUUAUCAGGCUGCUGUCUUCUGCACUUAGGAUGCCCCACUAAGACUCCUGAACACUCUGCUCUUUAUCCUUUAGUCUAUGCCAGGCUCAUGAACCUGCCUUCCCCGUGUGUCUUCAAGAGCAGUGACUUUGUAUUUGUAUUUUAUAACCUAGCACAAUUUUAUGAUACCAGAUCCAGAAGUGAAUGAACGGUUUAGUGGUUUAGUUUGGUUUCCUUUGUUUUGAGGCAGGGUCCCAUUCUAAUCCAGGCUAGCCUUGAACUCUCUGAGUCCCGGAUUGGCUUCAAACUCCUACCUCAGCUUUGUGUGCAGGAAUUACAGGCCUGAGCUACCACACCUGGCUCUUCAGUAGUUAUAUACUAUAUUUCUUAGUUGUGUAUUUAUUUGAAUGUAAUAUUAAAUGUAUGUAUCCUCGAGCAGUCCCACUGCUGUGUUUCUCGCCUGCAAGGAUAUUUGCACAAUUAUGUAAAAAAAUAGGUGUAAGAAUGCACAGUACAGCAUUAUUUGUAAUAGUUUAAAAUGGAAAUAACAUAAAUAUGGCGAUGUAAUUGAACUGAGUUAUGUAAUGUCCAGAGAAUAAAGAAUUGUGUAACUCUUGAGAAGGAU